ACGCGUAUUCAGUGCCGGGCGCCGCUUGAAGAAUCGCGUCGUGUUUUUCGGAGUUAAUCGGUUGCAUUUGUUGUCGACCUACGAGGGCUAUCGAAGAACUCGCCCGCGCGAGUGCCCGCGUCCCGGCGCCGUCCGAUAUUCGCCGUCGAGGGGCGAGCGCGAAUUCGAGGCGCCACGACGCCACCGCCAUCUCGCGAGGUACGCGCGCGCUUGUUGGUCAAUUUGCUCGCCGUGCGCGGUCAAGUGGUGCGGUGAACCGUGAGCGCGAUCGAGAUUCGCGGGCGCGAGCGCGACGCGUGAUUUAUCGCGAGCGCGACGCAUCGAGGGACCGCCCGGGUGGAUUAAUACAACGUCGGCUCGCCGUCCGCGAUACUACGCCGCCCACGGGCGCUCGCGCGAGCUUCCUCUCCCGCCGAAUGCCGUCGACGCGCGGGCAAAAUUUGCACCCGUGCCCCCCUCGUCGGCGCGCGGGGUGCAUUUAGCGUACGUUCUGUGUGACGCGCGCGACGCUCUGGGAUCAUUUUAUCUCGUCGAACAUUCGCGGACGCGAGUGCGACGCGUCGAGGGACCGAGUGGAUCAACUGGAACGCCGGAUCCACCGUCCACGAGCGGUGUAAGCCGGCUGCGGGAGAAAGUUACGUCCGACGAAUCGAAUCCACGGUGCAAAUUGGUGCGUUGGGAAACAGGGAGGCUGUGAUGAGGGAAGUCGGCUAAGAGGAGCCCGCGUCGCGCAAGCGCCGGUGUAGAGGAGUACAGGAAAGAUGCCGCUUUCCUCGAGAGUCUUAUUAAGCCCGCUGCUGCUUCUAAUCAUCGCAGGAAGCACCGGCGCCUUCAGCUCCCGGCAAGGAGAAUGCCUGUUUCCCCAGAAGUGGGAGGGCACGUGGUUCCAAAGUGGCGUGAGGCAAUCAAUAUUAAUAUCCAAGAACGAAUUAUCCACCAAGGGCAGGUGUCUGCACAACGAAGGUGACAAGUUUCUCCUGGUAGAUCAGAAAUCAUGCUACCGUUGCGUCGUCAUUCACGAGAAGCAUUCCAACGUUCUGCAGUACAAAGAGACUUUUUGCCACAGUAGGAACUCUCUGGCGUCUCUCUGCUCGUACAUUACGGGGGAUGCGUUGCUGUACUCCAUGUUCCGCGAGGAGGCACCCCCCGUCGCGUGCCCUUUCCGCGGCCCCAUGACCUUUUCCUACAACCGUGGCCACGGCACGUGCUCGAACCCACCGAGCAACGUCGACACCUGUACGGACGACAGCAGACUCCUCUUCAAAUAUCAGGCCUGCCCCGACGUGCCCGCCUCGGAGAGCGCAGUGGAGGAGCUGGAAUGCCUGGCCACCUGGAAGGAGGGCAGCAGCCGUUACCUAGUCGGUCGUCUGCAUCACGGCCACGCGUCCAGCAACGAGGAUCGAUACCGGUGCUUCGUCUACGAGAAGGCAGGGCAGACGACGGUGCAGAGUAACCUGAACAGGGCGGCCAUGGGCAUGGGCACCAUGGACCACGAGGUCGCCCUGCCGGGCGGCCCGGUGCCCGAGGGCACCGCCGAGGUAUACCGGGUGGCGCAGAGCGGCGACGCGACGUGCAACGGUCUGUUCAGUCCUAUGGAGGGAUCCCGAACGAUGACCCUGAGGAAAGUCUCGUCCCCGGGCGAAUGUCGGUUCCCAAAUUGGCUGACUGGACACUCGAGCAGCGGACUGACCUGGCACACUCUGGACCUCGGCAGAUCCUACACGUUUCAUCCGCGAAACGCGUCCCUGCAUGUCGUCAGAUCAAACACGACUUCGUCGAGUUUCGAAGGCGGGUCCAUGGACCUGCAAUACGUGCCCGGGCCGGAGGAUCAGGACGUCAAGAUCCUUUGCAACAGCAUAAAGCAGUCGAACGGCCCGCAGACGAUGAUAACGAUGAUAACGCUGGUGGCGCACUUCACUGUCGGCUGUCGGAGCGGUUUUAUGUGCAUGACAUUCUACCGGAGAGACGGCCACGUGAUCGAGCUGCAAACGGGAAGCGCGGUAUCUAGACCGGAAGAAGCAUGCAGCCCGCCGCAUUUUCUGCAGCACAGCACGCCUUUUCUCACCUUAGUCAGUGAGUACAAUUCUUCUUCGUCCCCCGUAGUUUGCGCCUUACUCGCGAUGUGUCUCGUCGAGACAAAGUUGGGCGCAGCUAGUCUCACGUUACUGAAGUCGGCGGGCGCGUUUCGUGCUGGCGCGGGUUCCGAGGUGCCAGCCGUAAAAAGGUAUCCCGGCACCGAGUGGAUAAUGGAAAACGCGAUUAUGGAAAAGCGCCGACAUCGACGGCCGUCAAAUGCGGACAGAUAUGUAUGA